AUCGGUCGUCAAGCUUCGAGAUAUCGAUUUGUGCCGGGAGUCGAAGAGAAUCGAAACGGUUCGUUAAUUUUCGCCAAUUUUCGCUAGAUGAGAAGUUCCGUCACGCGAAAUCCUCGUGCGCAUCCGAUAACCUGCGCAUAAUUCUGUGCCAGUGUGUGCAUGCGUCAUUCUUUCACGUUUGGGAGUAACACAUUGACGUGCUUCUGAUCAGACCGAGCAAUAAACAUUAUCGCACAAUUACAAGCAAUGGUGGCCCAUACCGUACUCCUGGACUUCACAGUGUCCAGUAGCGUGAUCGCCGAUAUGGAGAAACGAUCGGGUUUGAAAUCGGCGAUUGCAAACGUACUGGCAGAACAUUUCACCGGUCUCAAACCACUGACAGAAUCUAACAUCGAUGGCAGUUUGCUCAUUUUAUAUACUGGACCAAGAGGCAGUCUAAUCACUGUUAGAGGGUACACAGAGGGUCUGAUUACAUUAAACAUCGAGUAUUACAAGCAGGACGACCAAGAGGCGCUCUUAACUUUUGAGCAGUGGCGAUACUUGGAAGCUGAUGUUGCCAUGGCUUUGAACAGCCAGCGCAGCAAACGUUUACCGCCCGUAAGACGAGGAACCAUAUAUGACCUCUAUCUGACACUAUCAGACGAACGACUGCUGGAAUAUGACAUCGACAAGCUCGUGUUUGAAGCUAGAUCACCGUAUCAGAAGGUACAAAUAGUGCACUCCAAAUCGCUAGGAAACCUGCUGGUACUUGACGAACUGCAAAACAUGUCCGAGGCAGAUCUCAUAUACACAGAAACGCUGAUGCAACGAGGGAAAGAAAAUUACGCUGGUAAGGAGAUAGUGAUACUUGGUGGCGGUGACGGCGGCCUAUUAUGGGAAUUGUUGAAAGAAAAACCGAAAUUUGUCACAAUGUUGGAGAUUGAUGACAUCGUUAUGAAAGCCUGUAGCCAGCAUAUGCGGAGCAUAUGUGGCGACUGCCUAGAUAAGAGAAAGGGCGAUAAUUAUGAAAUCAUUGUUGGUGAUUGUGUGAAAGCUUUAGCCCAUAUGAUCGAAGAAGGACGACAAUUUGAUUACGUCUUCGGCGAUCUGACGGACAUUCCUAUUAGCACAACGCCACAUGGUGAUGCCUGGGAUUUUAUUAGACUAAUUCUCAACUCUUCCAUGAAAGUGUUGAAGUCUACCGGAAAAUAUAUGACGCAUGGAAAUGGUGCGUCUUGUCCAGAAUCUUUGAAAAUGUAUGAAGAAGUCCUAUCGCAAUUGUGUGUACCGAUCACGUUUACCAAAGAUCGCGCUUUCGUCCCAUCUUUUUUCGAAGAUUGGAUCUUCUACCAAGUCUCACUGAAAUGAUGGAGCAGAGAAUAUUCGGGCAGAACCUGGAGGAAUCGGCCUCCUCACAGUCUGCUGCCUGUCUUAUGACCCAAGCUCUACUUCCUAGUUUUAGCCUUAUUAGUUAAUGAAAUUAGUUCCUGAGUGAGACGAAUCAAACUAUUACUAAUUCAUUUCGUAACAUGUUAAUUAUUGACAUAAUUGUUUUAUCUCAAGAUUUUUUCAAAAAUUUUCUUCAGCGUAACGACAACGUUGGAAGAGAAUCCAAAAACAUAAUAGGUGGUAACAGAGAAAAGAAAAAUAUAUAUCUUUUUAUAAUAUACUA